AUGAUCAAUUCAGUCAUUGAUCCCGAUGGCAAUAGCUACGAAAAACAUGCAAUUGAAGAUUGGAUUUGUUGUUGUACUACAUCACCAAUAACACGUCGUCCUCUUUCUAUCGAUGAUCUUCGUCCAAAUCUAGCCCUUAAAACAGCUAUUGAUGAACAUCGUCAAUCAAUUCAACCAAAUGAUCACUCACAUACGCCUUUAAAAAAAUCACAUUCGUCUGAUAUUACAGUAUCUGGUAGUUAUGCUAAUGGUUUUUUUCACAGCUCAAUUCAACCUCCACAAGAAGAAAUUCGCUCUUCAUGUGAUAUUUGCUGUGUAGUUGAUACUUCAGGAUCCAUGUCAACUCGGGCUGAAAUUCAAAAUGAUAAAAAUGAGCAGUACGGUUUAUCACAGUUAGAUUUGGUUAAACAUGCUCUCAAGACAAUUAUACAUUCUCUUCAAGGUGAAGAUCGAUUAUCAACAGUAUCAUUUUCUGGCAAAGCUACAAUCAUAUUUCCGUUAACAAAAAUGGAUGACGAAGGAAAAAUCAAUGCUUUAGCUGAAAUUGAAAGAUUAUCGGCUGAUUUUGAUCUCAUAAAUCGGCAUAAAUUUCGACUGGAAUUUGUUAAUUUUGUACGAACAGCAUUAGAACAAAUGUAUUCAAUGAAAACUAAGCCAACAACUACAAAAGAACAACAUAAAUCAGCAAUGAAUCUAAUCCAAACAUUACAAACGAAUAUGAGAAAAUAUGCAGAUGGCAAGGAUGAGUUUCUCAAAGAUUUAUUUGCAGAUUUAACAGGACAAGUACAACAAGCUAUCGAAAAAGAAGAUUGGUUCAAUAAAUGGGGUGUACACUUUUUACCUAAUUUAACGCGUGCUCAUCUUCUUCAAUUUUGUAAUCAUUUUAAAGAUCCAGGUGUUCAACAUUACGGAAAGGGUACAUUUUUCACACAAGUACGUGAUGAAAUGGAUGAAAUAUUUUGCAGUUUACCUGCUCCUAAACGUUCACAAACUGGUGCUCAGAUCGAUAUGACAGUGUUUCACAAUGCUACUGGUGAAUGCUUUUAUGGAGAAUGUACAGUACGGCUAAUGGAUGGUACCACCAAAUUGGUAAAAAACGUUAAACUAGGUGAUCGAAUGGCACUACAUGGUGGAAUGGUUAUAUUUGUUGUGAAAACGAAAUGUCAAAAUCAAAAAGCAAAAAUGGUGAUACUUGAAAAUAAUUUAAUCAUUACUGCUUGGCAUCCUAUUCGACUUGCUACACAAUUGAUUAUGCCUUGUUCCCUUGUUUCGUCAACGAAUGAGAUUUCCUGUGAAGCUGUAUAUAAUUUUGUACUGAAUCAAGGUCAUACAGUUUUCGUCAAUGAUAUCGAAUGUGUAACUUUAGGCCAUGGAUUUCAAGAAGAUGUUGUUCGUCAUUCUUACUACGGUAGACAAAGAGUAAUUAAAGAUUUACAAAGACUUAACAUGAAACAAAACAAUGCAGGAUUCAUUGAAAUUACUGAAGAAACAUUGGUGCGUAAAAACAAAACUGGUCUUGUAAUUGGAUUACAAUCACAGCAAAUAUUAGUUUAA